GACUCCGUAACGCAUUACGUGGCUUCAAAUCAGAGUACAAGGUGUGUUUGUUGAUCGCUGCUGAUGCUGCGAAGAAAUAAGAGGUACUUUGGGGUUUACGACCAUCAUGUAAUAACAAUUGGUAAUAAGCGUGAGCCGGGACAUAGUAUCCAUGUUACACGGGAGGGACACUGUUGGAUCAGUCAUCAACCCACCAGCAGCAGCUCUAUUUGCCUACGCCUUCGUCUUGGACGUAUUCCGGUUAGGUAGUAGGUGAUAUUUGGUCAAUCUAGUCGACAACGGCAUUUAUCGUUGCCAACCGGUUUAUCCCGAGUAGAUAGUUAUCAGUUGAACUUGAACUAUAUACAUACAUAUAUAUAAAUAAAUAUAUAUAUAUUUAAUUAUACCAUGGCCGGGGUGGAGCCAGCUGGAUUCCCAAGCUCUCUGUCCAGCACGACUCUUCCUCCUCCUCGCACGCGGAUCUUUAAAAUCAUAGUGAUCGGGGACUCUGGAGUUGGCAAGACGUGUCUCACCUAUCGGUUUUGUGCCGGCAAGUUUCCAGAGAAGACCGAGGCAACGAUUGGCGUGGAUUUCAGGGAACGUCUCAUCGACAUUGAUGGCGAGAAAAUCAAGAUCCAGCUGUGGGACACAGCAGGCCAGGAGCGCUUCAGGAAGUCCAUGGUGCAGCACUACUACCGCAACGUGCACGCCGUGGUGUUUGUGUACGACGUGACCAGCGCCGGCAGCUUCCGGGGCCUCCCCUCCUGGAUCGAGGAGUGCAAGCAGCACGCCCUGGGCACGGAGGUGCCGCGCAUCCUGGUGGGCAACAAGUGCGACCUGCGGGACUCGGUCCAGGUGGGCACCGACGUGGCGCAGCAGUUCGCCGACUCCCACUCCAUGCCGCUCUUCGAGACGUCGGCCAAGAGUCCGGGUUCUAACGGGGGCGCCGACGGGGCCAGCGGCGGCGGCGGCGGGAACAGCGACCACGUGGAAGCCAUUUUCAUGACCGUGGCGCACAAGUUGAAGUCCCAGAAACCUUUGAUGCUGAGCCAGCCCUCUGGCGCCGCGGCCGGCGGCGGGACGGUCCACCUGGACAGGGGGAGGGACGGGGGGGGAGACGGGGCCAGAGGCUGGGCCUGCAGCAGCUGCUGAGAGGCCCCCGGGGGUCAGAAAGGACCUCUGCUAAAAGACCGAGAGGAUCACGGAGAGGAGAGGCUGAGGGAGGGGUGAGGGGGAGUGCACCUGGAUGGGGAGGCUCUCUCUUCCGACUUUCGACCAAAACACAUCUAGCCACAAGCGCCAAGUGUAUUUGAAGAGUACAGUAUUCAGUACAGGAGAGUCAUCUUAAAUGAACAUGAACCAACGUUUAAGAGGUAGUGCUAAUUCAUUGUCCCAAUCAUUUCCUUGCUAUGUUCUUCACAGCAUAACUGCGGUGAUAUUUUGUUACUGACAUGCAAUCUACAAAGUGAAAUCCUUCAAAGGGCAUCUUUAAUUCUCCAUUUAUUUGAUAUUCAAUGAAUUGGCGUCCGCACUGACGAUAUAGCAGGAGCCAUACAGAGUAUCAAACCUAGCGUCCUGCCAAUGUGACUCGAUGUAGCUCACCUUGUUGCCCCUAUGCACCCAUAGCUCUACCCCUCAUUCAGAGAAGAAAACAAAUCAGUUUCAUGAGCACCAACGCUUCAAUUGUUGCCCCAGAAACCUUUUUCUAUUGAAGUGUGGAAUAUUUAAGGAGGCUUAAGUUACUCAGCAACACACCUCCGUUUGGCUCCUAAUGGGGAUACACAUAACUAUUGAUCUGACUACUGAUCCACCUGGUACAUGUCUGUCACCUUGCAAUCUGGAUUUUGUGAAUGACCUGCCUUGGAGAAGGAUGAAAUCAGGAUUGUGACCGUCAUUCCUGCCCAUGCUACUGUGUGUACCUUCUAAUGUUUGGAGGCAUGUCCACCCCAAACCCAACCUAAAAGCAGCAUCUAGUGAAGCUAAUGCCCUUUGUGAUGGGUUGAUAUUGGUGCCUAGUAACGUCACUUGCCUUUAUGUGGUUCUUGUAAAGAAGUAUUGCACAGCGAGGACGGAGACUAUCAUUGAAUUGUUUUAAAAGUGUUAAGGGUGCGCACAUCUCCUGUGAGCUUGCGACGGGCGUGAAUUUACAAACUCUCUAACAAGAGUUGAACAGGAAUGAUGUAUUUCUCACAAAUCAGAGGAUAAGAAAGCAUGAACAUACCUCUCAUAGGCUAAAAUAUAUAUACUUCUCAAACACUCAGGCAAGAUGUGAACGGAUGCUAAUUUCCUUUGAUUCAUGUCACUGGUCCUAAAGGAUGUUCAUGUUCAAGUACAGAGGGCCUCAGGCCUUGUUUUGGCAUUUUCCAUGCCUACGACUUUGAUUUGUCAUGUUAUUUUCUAUUGCAUUCUGGGGGUUUGGGGCCCCACUAAUCCCUGUUCAGCCUGUGGGGGCCCCAGCUGGUACCGGGGCCCCCCCUAUCCCUGUUCAGCAACCUGGGAAAAGGCUAUUCCUUGGAUAGGCUCCGAGAUGGCUAGGCCACUAUAUUGGAAGAAUGUGACAUUUUGGAAGUUAGUUAUGAUAUCCUCAUCCGUUGCUACUUUUAAAGGAAGCAGAUGGCCUCUUUAGGGCGUUCAUUUACAACAGAAUACCGGGACAAUGCAUAGUCUCAUAAGAAGGACGCAUUGGCCUUUAUCGACAGGUGUAGUUGUAGGGAGGAAUCGGGUAAGUACAUCAUGGUGCUGUAGGCAGUGCCCAUAAGUGUUCUCCCCUACUUUCACACCACUGAUAGAGACCAGUCUUGUCUUGUGUAGUUAUGCAAUAAAUGACCCCUAAACAAUCCAAGGCGUGAAUCUCAUCACUUCUGAUCGUGGACAUCACUAGUAAAUAUGCGGCUUGUGUUUACUUUAUUCUUUUAAUACAGCAUACAAAAUAUUCUUCCUUGAUUUCACAUUCAGAUUACAAACAAACUCAAUGUGUCUGUUCGAUUUGUGGCUUCCCCAUUUUUAAAUGGUUGAAAUGUGUUUAGGAAUUUCUGGAAAACAUUAAAUCACUGUUAAAAACAAUAUAUUCACAUUGUUUAUCGCCUGUAUGCAUGAAAGGAUGUACGGACAAUAUCUGGCCUUCGACCCAUCACU